AUGUUAUCCGCGUUCGAACUUUCUCAAUUUUCGAAACAAUGGACCAAUGUACCAGAAGAAGUAUUUAUUCGAGGUGGAUUAGCAUUGAUUGCCAUCGGAACGACUGGAUAUAUUUUAAACAAAAUAUUCAAUAGUUCUCUUGCCGAAAAUUCGUCUGAGGAAAGGCCUGCAACCCAGAGUAUGCUAGCUAAUCGAGCCUAUUCUGCUGCAGUCAGAGAACAUCUUCGUGCGACUUAUGCACACUUUGCUGGUGGAUUGGUGAUGACAGGUAGUUUUGCCUAUCUUUUCCAUCGUGCUAGAUGGUCUACGCAAUUGAUGACAGAGAAUAAAUGGAUUUCCGUUAGUGGAAUUCUAUUCUUCAGUUUUGGAUCUAGUUUCACAACGAAAAUGAUCGACCAACACCGGAGACCAGUAUUGAAAUACACUGCAUGGACAUUAUUUAACAGUUCGCUCGGCUUAUCUUUAUCGCCACUUUUCUUCUUGGACUCGUAUCUACUCGCUCAUGCUGCUCUUUUGAGUGCAGGUGUUGUCAUUUCAAUCAGUGCUGUCAGUAUGA